AUGUCCAAACGAAAACGCGACGACAACCUAGAAGAUGGAGACGCGAAACCCAGGAAGGAUUUCCGCAAACUGCGACAAAUUGUGGGCGCAUUCAACGAGAGCGCCGAGCAGCUCGCCAAAGCAUUCAAAGCAGCCAAAGGACCGGAGAGACAAAAGUUAGGACGAAGGAAAAAGACGGCGACCGCGCAGAAGGAUGUGAAAGAGGCGGAGAGAAUAGAUGCAGAGGUCGCAGCGCUGAAGACACUGGAUGCCUUGACCGCCGCGCAGCAUUUCCUCGCCAAAUCGUUGAUGAAGAUCAAAGCGGUCGCUACCUCUCUGGAAUUACCGAGCGAGAUUCGAACGCCGAAAUCUCUGCCCAUGGAGGCGCCUGCUUUGAAUGUGAAUGCGCGAUUGUGUAAUGCUGCUGGGGUGAAGGCGGUCUUUCCGGCAUUAUGUGCGAAUGUCAAGCGCGAGUUUGGGAUUGUGGACAAGGUAGGGGCACCGGUCAAGAAGAAGAGGUUGCGAGCAAAGGACUAUGAGGAUGCGGAGAAAUCUGGGAAGCGACUGGCUGUGAAGGAGGCGGAAGAUGUGGAGGAGGAGGAUAUGGAUGCCAUGGCAGAGAGCGACGAGCAUUCGGACGAUGAGAUGGACAUUCACCGUGGACGACUGGCGGCAUCAGACGAUGAAGACAGCGACGACUAUGGUAUGGGAGAGACAUCGGACUUGGAAGAGCUGGAGCGAAGGCUGGAGAACGAGGGGUUUGCCAGGAAAACCUCGAAGUAUUCAAAGCGCAACGAACGGGCAGCAGAUCUAUCCCAGUCAGACGACGAGUCUGAGUCUGAGCCACCCAAGAAAAAGUCGACCACAGCAGUGGCGACCGCCAAGAAAUCCGCUUUCCUCCCUUCACUGACAAUGGGAGGCUACAUCUCCGGUUCCGGAUCAGAUCUGGACUCGGACAUGGACGUUGCUCCCGCCAGAAAGAAUCGUCGCGGACAGCGCGCUCGCCAGGCCAUUUGGGAAAAAAAGUAUGGUGCGGGAGCAAAACACGUAAAAUCCAAACCUCCCCCGGACGCACGCACAGGCUGGGACGCAAAACGUGGUGCCGUGGAGCAGAAACCACAUCGGUUUGCUAAUGCUGCUAAUGCCGCUCCGCYUGGACCGAGAAAGGGCGAGAAGAAGGAGCCAAAGAAGCGGGAUGAUAGCGGACCACUGCAUCCCAGUUGGCUGGCGGCGAAGGCCGCAAAGGAGAAGAAGGCCAUUCCGGUCGUCUUCAGUGGGAAGAAGAUUAGUUUCGACUGA